AUGCCUUUGAAACGAAAAAAAACUUUACAUUGCCAGUUAGAUUUCGAGGACGAACGUGCCUGGCAACAUGAUUAUCUUAAGAAAAAAUGCAAAGAAGUCGAAUUGGAAAACGACUAUUUCUGGUAUGUAAUACGUUUACGUAAUACUGCGCUGCUCGUUUUUAUGAUACUGCACACCAUACUAACCCUAACUCACUGUAUUCUGCUGCUAACAACAUGCGAGUAUACAAAAUUAAUUAAAAUCGAUGUCAUAUCAUAUGCGGGCGCUAAUGUUGCAAUUAUUUUAGUACUUUAUGUAAACUUUUACAAGAAUUUGGUGUUCAGACAACCAUGGAUACUUUAUUUCACCUCCAUUGUUGCUGCAUUUAUAUUGGUGUUUGUUGACUUAACCAUAAAUAUUGUGCAUGUUUAUCAAGAUGACUGGAUACUUGGCUCGUUCUAUGACACGUAUAUACUUUAUAUGAUUUACAUGUUUCUACCCAUACCAUAUAUAAAGGGGCCACUAAUACUAGGCUGCACUGUAUCCUUUCUGUACAUACUAUACUUUCUCAUAUAUCUAUCCACCAAAUACCAGUACGAAUUCAGCAAUGCCAGUCAGUAUUAUGGCAUAUCCAUUGACACCAUACACUAUGUUUGCUUUAAUAUGCUUGGCGCAUUCUUUCGCCUCAUGAGCGACAUUAUUGUGCGCUCUUCGUUUCUGGACCGACAUCAAUAUGUUAUGGAGGACAUUGCGCUACGCAGUGCUCGUAAGCAGGAGAAACUUUUGCUGCACAGCAUUUUGCCACCGCAAAUUGCACUGCCCAUACAGGAAGACAUACGCAAUCGCAUUGCCAAUGCGGAGCGGCCACAGCGUAUCACAAGGGAUCACAUUAUGGCUGUGCAAAUGCAUCCAGAGGUUAGCAUUUUGUACGCCGAUGUUGUCAACUAUACGCACUUGACCACAACGCUGUCGGUGAAGAAUCUUGUGAGAUUGUUGCAUGAUCUAUUCGCACGCUUCGAUUUGGCAGCCUCAAGCUUUAGCGUGCAGCGCAUUAAGUUUUUGGGUGAUUGCUACUAUUGCGUUGGAGGCUUGACCAAACCCAAUCCCGAGCAUGCCUCCAGCUGUGUGGAUUUGGGACUGUGCAUGAUCGAAAAUAUACGUGAAGUGAGAGCGGAACGUAAUCUCAACAUUGAUAUGCGCAUUGGCGUGCAUUCGGGCGGACUCUUUGCCGGAGUUAUUGGCAGGGCUAAGCUGCAGUUUGAUAUAUGGGGCAGAGAUGUAAUGAUUGCCAAUCGUUUGGAAUCCACUGGCCUGGCGGGGCACAUACACAUAAGUAAGAGAACGCUGGACAUGAUGACGAGUCAUACGCAUGAAAUUUUGCCACCCACUGAGGCAGCGCAAAACGAUGCAUUUUUACAAAAAUAUGGCAUUGAAACAUUUCUCAUAGCUGCAGCUGAGAGUGGCGAAUUCGUUAAGCGCGGCUAUGAUUUGGAUCAGCUGGAAUCAGUGAAUGUGAUGAAGGUAGCCUCAAAGACGCAGUUGCGGGAAGAAUCAGUUAUACAGGAAUUGCGUGAGGAGUUCAAAAAACUGCCAUCAGGCGCGUUUAUUAUGCGCAAAUUUAGAUGUCGCAGGUAUCAGAAAGGGCGCAAAUUAGAUUCUUCAAGGCCAAUGCUUGGUGCGUUAUGUUUGAACUACAGGGAUGCGCGCCUGGAGUACAACUAUAUACACCAACCGGACUAUAUGCUUAAGUAUAGCAUACUUUUGGCCUGGUUUAUAGGCAUUUGUUUGGUAUACAUACAAAUGGUGAACUCCAUGAAAAAUGUGCUCGUAAGCUACUUGGUGAAUAUCACGCUGAUUCUUACCAUGAGCAGUCUCGUGUUCAUCACUUGGUAUAAGCGUUUAUGCUAUUGGCGCUUUGCCGCCAACUCCGAUCAUGUCUUCACACCCUUCAGCUGCUUCAUGUUUCGCCUAGCGGAUAGAAUACAACACAGUCUACCAAUACGCAUAUGCAUCUAUAUGUAUAUAUUAGUCAUUUACUAUAGCGUUAUAUCGCUCAUGCUGAUGGGCUGCAAUCGCAGCGAAUAUAUUCUAAUGCAUAUCGAGGGCAAACUUUAUCACUACGAGCCCGACUUGAGAAGCUGCUUUCAUCCCUGGGUGCUCACCAAUAUUGUGUGCCUGGUGAUUGGCAUGAGCAUAAUAUUUACACGUAUUCCAAUGAUAGUCAAGCUAAUUGCAAGUAUCGUGGAGGCGCUAGCAUAUUUGAUUAUUAUUCUAUUUCAAUACGAUUAUAUAGUGCAUCAAAGCCCCACCACAAAUCCAUAUUUUAUAUCUGAAUAUGCACACAGCAUUCUCGUUGUCACAACUCUGUUUAGUCUUUCGCUCAUGGAGCGGCAGACUGAGUUCAAUAACAAGGUUAAUUUUAACUGGCGCAUUGAGUUGGCUAAAAAACAGCGCGAUGCUGAUUUGGCAAAUGAAUCGAUAACAAUUCUACUACAUAACAUUUUACCAUCGCAUGUGGUCAGCGUCUAUUUGACUUCGUUGGCCAAGGGUGAGCUUUACUAUGAGGACUAUAAAAUGGUCGCUGUUAUGUUUGCCACGCUUAAGAAGUUCGACAUGGAUCUGGCCAAUUUGCGUGUGCUUAAUGAAAUUAUUUCAGAAUUUGAUAGCGUGCUAAAGGAAUAUAGAUCAGUCUAUAUGGUGGAGAAGAUUAAAAUUGUUGGCUGCACUUAUAUGGCAGCUUGCGGAUUGGAUGUGCGCUUCUCUGGGCGCAUGAGGGGCGACAGUGGAAAGGGCCGCGAAAGUCUGCCCAUACAAAUUUCGCGUUCCACGCUGCUCGACCAUGACGACCACGUUUCAGAGCUUGAUGUUUCCUAUGUUAUGACUAGCUUUGCCUUGGAUCUGAUGCGCACGCUCGCAAUGUGCACUAAUUACUACAAGAAUAUGGUCAUCAAGGAGUCUAUACUGAGCAGCGACAUGAGCAUUGGCAUCUCUAGUGGAGAGGUAAUGGCUGGCGUUGUGGGCGCCUCCCAGGUGCACUAUGACAUUUGGGGCGAUGCGGUGAAUAUGGCAUCGCGCAUGGACUCAACGGGCAUAGCCGGGCACAUACAAGUGACCGAGGAGACGGCGCUAACGUUGCGCAAAAACAGCGUCGACUGCGAGUAUAGGGGCUUGACCUAUGUCAAAGGUCGUGGCUUAAUGCCGACCUACUUUGUUGGCAUCACCGAAGAUUUCGAGUUCAAAUUCACCCAGGAGGAGUCUGACCCCGUAUAUCCACGCGCAACGUUUUCCGCGUCAUCAGAGCAGUCCAGUUCUCAGCGUUAAGUUAACCACUUGGGAUUAUAAAUUUGCGCAGCUGACAUUUCCUUUAUUGAUAUUCUUGUUUUUAACUGCAAGCCACACACACACACACACGUGGCCAAUUGUUACAGCUAAACAAAUAUAAUCACGCUAAAAAUAAAAGUUUACUCAAGUUCCACCCCCC